AUGUUUGUACGUGUGGAGGACUCAUUGCCAGCCGACCCUUCCUUCCCAGCGGAUCUGAAGAAGCUCGGCUACUUUAUCAACAAGACGGGCUGCAUUCGCAGGAUAAAUGCGCCAGAGAAGCAGUUCGUCUACCACGCCACGAACAAUGAGCGCGUCAACGAAGUGCGCCGUGAGGCCAUGCAGACCUGCCAGCGCAAAGAGGCAGAGAAGCGCUUGUCCUACCUUGGUAUCAACUGUAUCCAUCUCCCCAAGUUCGGCAUGUCCAAACCCAACGGACCGCAUGUGCCAAUCCUGAGUCCCUCACCCGAUGUACUGAAGUCACGCAAGCGCGUCAUCGUCAUCGUCAACGACACUUUACAGGAUCUGGGCAUUCUGGCGUACAGGCAACUGCAGCGAGAACUCGGCAUCAACGGCGGAUCCGUAGUCAACUUCGUCAAGGAAAUCAUCAAGCGCUCGGCUCCCAACAACAGUGCCGACAAGGACGCGGAUAUCUUCAAAGAUGGAUUCAAGCUCGACGACGACAGUACUACGCCUGGGCUAGUUGUACUUAACAUGGGCCAGUUGCUCUAUUCGACCAAGUACGAUCAGGCUAUGACUUUACGCAGCUGGUCCGCCAUGCCGCGCAAGUCGGUGGUACACGAUAUGAUCCCCAUCGAUGAAGAGGUGAACCGUGUGCCUGGACAUCGAACUCCAGAAGAGCAUCUCAAGACUGUCUUUGAUCAAGUCAUCUGUAAUCCUGAGCGAGUGGCGGCUGACGCAGAGGUCUAUGUCAUUGCCCUCGAGAAUGGCACCCAGCGUAUUGUGAGCUUGAUCGGCAACAACUUUGAGAAAUAUGGCUCCCGCAUCACUGCCAUGGCACUCGUCGACUCUACCGUCGCCGAUGCUGAGAUCCAUAAUCCACAUGCCCGAGCAUUCCUCCGUCAACGCACCCGCCAGUGGAAGUACAACGACCUCACCUUCAACCCACUGCAUUGUACCAGCCUACCCGACGACUACCAUCAGGACACAGCGAACAGCCAGCCGCAAGACACGACAUCGUGCAUGCGUUCAGCCAAGCACAUUUCCUGGCACGAAGGCAUUCCCACCGGCGCAGUAGCAAUCCUCACGAACACCCUGCACCGUCUCUCUAUCGCCAUCACCCCAGCUUCAAACCCGGAACUCACUCCCCCAACCGACCCCGACGCACCCGCAGACUGGACAGACCAAGGCGUCGUCUGUCCCACCUUUUCCGGUGGCGCAAACCCCGUCGGCGAAUGCAUCUUCACCAACCCCACCGUCCAACACGCCAUCCUCUCCUUCUUCGAAGAAGUCGCCCAAGACCCCGAAAACUACCGUAACCCUCUCUCCCUCAAAGCCUUUACUGAAGCCCCUAAACCCACACCCGAUAACCCCAUGUCCUUCGACCCCGAGCAGGCUCCCAUCGACUUCACACCGCCACCCGAUCUCCUCACACCCGAGCAACAAGCCCUCGCCGACGCUCGCGACACGCUCCUCGAACUCAGCGUCGAGCUCGCCGCCUGUCCUACGGACAUCUCUGAACUAGCACCCGGACGCAAGGCCCUGGAAACCAAAAUCUCGGAGCUGGCAACUCACGUGGAGAAGCUGGAGAUGGAGGCGCUGAGUUGUGGUGGCGCGGUCGCAGGUGAAGCGGAGUCGAAGCGUGAGAGCUGGAAGCCAAGGGCUGAGGGGCCAAAGGUGCCGUUUGCGGGGACCAUGGUGGAUAGUGAGUUGUUGAAGGCUACGGGGUUGAUGGGUGGGGGUGCAGUGGAGGAGGUUGGUGUGGAGAAGGAGAUGGAUGAGGUUGAUGUCGAGAGGGAGAUGGACGAGGAGUUUGGAGUGGAUGAGGAGGAGGAGGGUGGUAAGGUUAGUGAUGAUGAGAAGGCGUUUCUGUAG